CCUACAGCAGGACAGAUGAGAGCUGAAUGUCCGAAUCCGUAACGUGGGGUCCAAAUUGCAGUUUGGUGUCCCACAUGCACUCGCUUUCACUUUGAGCCUUUUUUUCUUCUUCUUUCUCAUGAGACAGAAUUCACAUAAAAAUAUCAAGAUCGAGUUGCGUCUUGUGUUAGAAGAGGCCUUAUCCCCAAAUCACAUUGCAACUGGAACUACCGUGACGAGUCUUACCGUUUAAGUUUUCCCCUCUAUGGACAAUUGCACCAAUGCUUAUAACUUGACCGACUGUCUGUUGUUGUCUAUAUUGGACGCAGUCCAAGAGCCAAAUGUAUGGGACGCGCCGACCUUCAGCCUGACCGUGGUUAUCGGCAUUGUGGCACUGAUAUUCGCAGCCAUGACGGUGAUUCAGGGACUAGCCGGUCCUGGACGCCGGAGAUGCUCCAGAAAUGCCAUUGGUAAUUGGAGCCAGAAGACCAAAUAUCGUUUGAAUUAUUCGCAGUUUCGUAGGGAAUCCGUCGCACAUACGCCUCUUCUUACUGCUGGCAAGAUUCUGCAGAAGCAGGAGGAAGAGGAGGAGGGGGAGAAGGGCAUCAAGACGAUCACGAAGAAACUUUCCGAACUCGUGCCUAAAUCACAUCCUGCUCAUGAUCAGGUUAACGAAUAUGACAAAAACAAUUGCGAAGACCAAUACCGACCCGCCACUUGGCUACAUCUCUUGAUACAUAAUGGAAUGAACCAAUUUGUUUGGGAAGAUUUCGGAAUGGAAACCAGACUGACCCCUGCGGACUAUCUUCCGUCUGAAAUUCAGGCAGUCCCAGCCUAUAUGGAUAUAGAUACAAUUGUGGUCUUGGCUGCCGCGGCUGGGUGCGAUACAUUGACAAUGGAACCGGACUCGGAUUUGCCCCGAUUGACUGGAGCCAAUGCUCAGAUACGAUUUCGGCGGGAACCGUUUCUUGGAGUUGUGGCAUCUUUUGAAUUCUACGAGCGAUCAGCGCAAAGCAUGAGAUCCUCGAAAAGCCGCAUCGAUCGAUUCAUGUCCCCUUUCGCCAAAAGUGAGCUAACGCCGCCGGAACAGUCUCAAGGCUGGCUUCACUGGUUUGCAUCUACCCUUCGCAAGAGUCAUGGGGGUUUCCAGACAAAGGAAAGUGACCAGACGACAGAAAGCAACCAGGUAAACGUUCUCGAAUCGGGAUCGGAGACUUACAAAAUCAGGGCCAGCAUGGGCUCUGGGUUUGGACCUUGUAUCACCGGCCCAGCCUUGAACAUAGACUUUGGGAAUGAAUGUUCGCAUGUGGCACCCGACGGCGGAAAGGCCUUAUGCCAAUGCUGGACUCUCCUUGUCGAUUUGGCGAGCCGGCAUAACAUUUCCUGGCUUCUGUAUGCCGAGAAAUUUGAUCCAGGAGAGGUAUUCCCAGCAAGAAGUGCCAACGUGAAGAAGAUUUUGGGAUCGCUGGUGGUGCAAGGAUCCUUUUGGUCGAGAAACCAUCUACCGGAGAAAUGGGUUUUGUCUAAACUCGAUAUAAAGACGGCAGACUGGAAGAGAUUCUGGAGCUCUUCGAACUUUCGGGAUAAAUUUGACAAGAACAAGUCGUGGAACGUUUUUGCCUUGUGUCUUCACUUCGCUGUUGAUAGCGAUGCCGGAAAGAGGUCAUUCCUUCGUCUCCCAUUUAGUCAAAGGUUUCGGUUUCGCAACGCCAUCACUCAAGAAAUAGAGGAAGUAGACAAAGCACUCAAAGAUUUCAACCAGAGCGUACGCUGUACUCAAGUCGAGUUAUACAUGAUAUCAGCGGCGUUAAUAAGGCUCGAACCGUACGAAGACUUCUUAAAGGAGUUGAAGGGAAAGGCGACGGUACAUCUUCCAGACACCCCCAUAGAGCCCAAGAUUGGCAUGCGGGACAGGAAAAUAUUGAGGCUAUUGAGCAGUCUCCAAAACGAAGGAGGAGAAACGCUCACGCAGCUUUAUCGUCUCUUUCUGAACCUGUUUGAUGAAUCAUGGGCUGUUGAAAUCGAUGUGUUGAGGAAGUCACUCUCUAAGUUGGGGCCAGCAGAAUCGUGGGAGGGACUGCGGAGUGCGACAGGCACUUACGACAACGCACAAUCUCCGAUUGAGGUCAUGAAAGCGCAGAAGGUUCCAGAUCGAGAGCUUUUGAUAUACAAAGCGAUCAUGUUGGCUACAUCAUGCCUUACUGCGUUGGACAAUAGUGAUAUAUUCGAGCGAGGUAUAGGUAGGAAUGUUGUGCCUUUUCUUUAGCUCCUAUAAUUCGCCACUUGAUACUAUAGGGAACUUCAUAUGAUAGGUUAUCGAAGAGUUGGGGUGUAGGAAAAGUGCAG